UCGAGCGGUGUUUCUGUCGACUCUGAGUGCUUGAAUAUUUUCCAAGAACUAAAAUUGAAGAAAAAGUACAAAUAUGUCAUGUUCAAGAUCUCGGACGACCUGUCAACAAUAGUCUUUGACAAGUCAGCAGAAACUGCAAGUUAUGAUGAUUUUGUUGCCGCGCUGCCUGCGAACGAACCUCGUUACGCAAUUUACGAUUUCGACUAUGAAACAGCGGACGGCCCUCGCAAUAAAUUAGUAUUUUAUUCAUGGACUCCAGAAAGCUCAAAAGUUCGCAGUAAAAUGUUGUAUGCAUCGAGCAAAGAAGCUUUGCGCAGGGAGCUGGUUGGUAUUGGAACUGAAGUACAAGCCACAGACUUUUCGGAAGUAUCUGUCGAGGUGGUUCAGGAUAAAGUGUCAUCGCGCUGA